AUGGACGCUGUCGAGGUGGCCGCUGCUACAGCCUAUUGUGCAUUUGCAUUAAGCUUACGGUUCCAUAUAACAGGUUCAUCUUGGUACAACUCCAAAAACUUAAACGUUAAUUCGUUUGUCCAAUCACACAACAAAAAACAAGUUUUGGAGUUCUUGUCUUUGAACACUUUGACCGAGGUUUAUUUUCAACCAAGUUGUAUUAAAAAUGUAAGUUUUGUAACAACCAAUCAUAAAAUGGAAAAGCGAAAAAAAGACAGGCAAUCAAUUUUAUUAUGGAAUAGCUUAUAUAAUAAAGUUACAGAAUUUGAAGAAUUAAAAAUAGUAACUGUUGAAAUUGAAGGCAACUGGUUCAGAGGGAAACUAAUUAGUUACAAUGAAUUUAAAACUGAAAAUACCUUAAUUCAAUUAAUUGAUUAUGGCAAUUUCUAUGAAACUAAAUUAGAGAAUCUGUUUGUCAUUCCAUAUUAUUUUAUAUAUGAACCAUUAGUUUUACCAGUCACAUUCAAAGAUUUUAUUCUGAAGAAAACAAAAUUUUCUAUAAAACCCCUUCUGUCAGAGACUAAACUACAUGAAGGAGUUGUUCUUGUUGAUGUCAAAUGCAAUGAUAGAAAGUUGGAAAAUUGUGUUAAUGAAAAACAAUUAUUAGAAUCAAAAAAAGACAUUGACUCUGCUAAUGAUUCAAAAAUUAUAAGUGUAAAAAAUAAUAUAACCAAUCGCCAUGAUAAUAACGAAUUAAGCUCAUAUGUAUCUAGAACUCUCAGAAAAGGUAGCUUCAUUAGCGAAAAAAAUCUGAACAAUGUGCCAUUAAAAAAUGAGGAUUAUUGCAUUUUGACUUAUUUUGAAGAUUUUACUUGUUUGUAUGUUGGAAAAGCUAUAAAAUGUGGCAAUACUGGCAGUUACAAUUUCGUUGAUUAUGAUACUCUAUUAAACACUGCUAAUAGUACAGAUAAAAUACUAAAAUAUAAUCCAGCUGUGGGAGACAUGGUCAAAGUUUUUUUCAUCUGUAAAUGAUGGUUUAUAUAGAGCAAAAAUAUUAAAAAAUAAUAAAGAUUGUUAUAAUGUUUUCUACAUUGAUUUUGGAAACAUUGAAAGAUUCAAAUGUUGUAUAUGAAUUGGCUGAUGAAUUG